GGAGAGAGGGAAGAGAGAGAUCGUGGAGGAGAGAGAGGAGAGGAAGUGAUGUGGGCAGUAGUGAGUGUAGAUCUCUGAUGACAGACAUGCUGAGUCCAAAGAUCCGACAGGCACGCAGAGCCCGGUCUAAGAGCAUGGUGAUGGGCGAGGUGUCGCGUGCGCCGUGCCGGCCCACUUCCCCCAGUCUCCAGGAGGGGGCGCUGAGGGCCGGCUGGCUCAGGAAGCAGCGCAGCAUCAUGAAGAACUGGCAGCUGCGCUGGUUUGUGCUCCGAGCAGAUGCGCUCUACUUCUACAAGGACCAGGAGGAGACCAAACCCCAGGGUUGUAUUGCACUGAAGGCCAGUCAGGUGCAUGAGCUGACAGCAAACCCUGAGGAGCCGGGAAAACACCUGUUUGAAAUCAUCCCUGGUGCGUCGGGGGAGAAGGAGCGCUCCGGGGUCAGUCACGAGGCCUUCCUGCUCAUGGCCAACUCCCAGAGUGACAUGGACGACUGGGUCCGCGCCAUCAGGCGGGUCAUCUGGGCACCCUUUGGAGGAGGGAUCUUUGGCCAGCGUCUGGAGGACACGGUGCAGUACGAGCGGACGUUGGGCCGGCGUGUGCGUCUAGCGCCCCUGCUGGUGGAGCAGUGCGUGUGUUUCAUCCGCCAGCGCGGCCUCGCAGAGGAGGGGCUCUUCAGGAUGCCCGGCCAGGCCAACCUGGUCAAGGAGCUGCAGGACGCCUUCGACCGCGGGGACAAGCCUCAGUUCGACAGUAACACGGAUGUCCACACGGUGGCGUCGCUGCUGAAGCUCUACCUGAGGGAGCUGCCUGAGCCGGUCAUUCCUUUCGCCAAGUACGAAGACUUCAUCUCCUGCGCCCAGCUGCUGUCCAAAGACGAGGAGGAGGGAGUACAGGAGCUGGUUAAACAGGUGAAGUCUCUCCCGCCAGCCAACUACAGCCUGCUCAAGUACAUCUGCAGGUUUCUGGACGAAGUGCAGUCCCACUCGAGUCAGAACAAGAUGAGUGUGCAGAACCUGGCCACCGUGUUCGGACCCAACAUCCUGCGGCCCAAAAUGGAGGACCCUGUGGCCAUCAUGGAGGGUACAUCCCUGGUGCAGCAUCUGAUGACAGUUCUCAUUAGUGAGCACGAGCGUCUGUACCCAAGUGACCCCGACGCAGCGGAGGCGGGUGCCCAGGACGAGAGCCCCCCCAUGGGGCAGCGUGCGGUCAGCCAGCCCCCCCCCAGCCUGGCCGGCUGGAUCUCCGAGGAGGACCUGCAGGGGGCGCCGACCCCCCCGGCCAGCGAGGACACCACCAGCGGCAGCUCCUGCUCCUUGGACGCCCCCCCCCCCGCGCCUACGCCCCCCCAGCCCCGAGCUGACCCCACGUCUGCCACCAGCCCCAGCAAGCAGCCCAAGAGCGCCCCCUCCUGGAAGUACUCCUUCAAAGGGCCGGCGCCGCGCGCUCCGGGGGACACAGGGAGUGGCGGUCAGGGCGCGGGGGGCUCGGCGGGGGGGGGAGGGGGGGGCAACUGGCUGAUGAACGGGCUGUCGUCGCUACGGGGUCACCGACGCGCGUCGUCAGGGGAGCGCACGCGGGACUCCGGCUCCUCCUCCUCCCACAGACUGUCCACCUAUGACAACGUGGCGUCCUGCUCCUCGCUGGCCAGCGCUGGGGGCGGGGUCGAGGGCGGGGCCAGUGGGUCCAGCUCGCCGUGGUCCGCCUCAUCCUGCGAGAUCUCCGUGACAUCACCGCCGCCGGACUCGACCGCUGACCACGCCCCUGAGCCACAGCAGCAGGUGGCGCCAGCGAGUCCGAGCAGAGACGAGAUGACAUCAUCCGCCCCCGAGGAGCAGGAGGACGCCGCCGCCGUCGCCAUGGAGAUCUACGUCAGCGGGGCCGACCGUAGCGACCGCACCAACGCCCGGGCGGAGGACAGUGUGGACAACUCGCAGUCCCUAGGCAACCUGGUAGUCGACCUGAAGGAGGAACUGAGGAGGCAGAAGACGGCGUAUGAGGCCCGCAUCCAGAAGCUGGAGGACUCCAGUGCGGCGCUGUGCUCCCAGAUGGAGCGGCUGGAGCAGGAGAUGGAGCAGGAGCGCAAGAGGCAGCGCAUGCUAGAGAUCAAACUCCGCAACUCGGAGCGCGCGCGCCAGGACGCCGAGAACCGCAACCGGCUGCUGGAGCAGGAGAUGGAGGAGUUCUUCUCCACCCUCGGAGACCUGGCGCUCGGAGCACGCACCAGCGACAUCUGAACACCAAGUGUGUGUGUGUGUGUGUGUGUGUGUUACCUGACGCUCGGAA